AUGGCAGCUAACGGCUCCCGGUCAGCAUUCGGCCUUACGAGGCAUGCCGUUCGGCAAUGUCAAUCGGCGGCGAACCCCCGAGUAGCUUCCGCCUCCCCUAUCCAGUACCUGUCCUCCCGAACCUUUGCGACGACCAGCCCCCGAACGGAUGCCGAGAGCAAGAUUGAAGAGAUCUCGAGAAGAACCGAGGAGGCUGAACGGCCCGACGAGACGAGGCAGCGCCCGAGAUGGUCCUACACACCCGAGGCCAUGAAGGCGCCUUUCUCGCCUCACAUCACCAAGAAUCCGGCGCGCAGCGUCUGGUCCGUCAACACCGACCCCAAAAAGCUCGACGAGAUGUACAUCAAGUUCCUGGGCCGCGACGGAGACAAGAUGCUGCCGGAAGAGGUCAAGUGGCUGGCCGUCACGCACAAGAGUUUCGACCAGGGCCGUCGCGGUUUCAACGAUAAGCUGGCCUACUUGGGCCGUCAAGCAGUUGUUCUCGAGUCUACACGAAGCAUAGUGACGUCGUCUACGGCAAAGGAUGGCGCCGUCGUCCCAGACGAACACGGCCGCAAGCCUUUUGAUCACCCGGUUCUUGCGAGCAUCGAUAACCUUAACGUCGAGCUGCCGCAGACUGUCGUCACCAAGGAAAAGGUCGAGGAGCUGGCGAUGGCCGCUGGCAUCGACAAGGUUUUACGGUGGAAGCCGGCAAAGCCCGAAAACCUCGCAGGAUCAGGCCAGCAGAUUGUGCUCAACUCGGCCGUGUUUGCGAUCGUGGGAGCCAUUACGCUCCAGCACGGCGCCGCGGUGGCAGGCAGAGUUAUUAGGGAGAGAAUACUGAGGCCGCUCUCGCUCAGGCAAUAA